AUGGCCUUGAAAGAUUUAAUUUCUCGCAAUGAGGGUGAAAGCUCUCGAUCGCGCGACGAUGCGCGAAAAACCGAAAGGCCGCCGCCGGAGAACCCUCUUGCACCCAAAACCAGGACUAGCAACGAAUCCACGGAAUCUGGAUCCAAGCCGGCAAGCUUCACACCUAUGCAACUUGACCCAUCCAGCGCUCAUUCAUCUCGCUCGUCUGGUAGCAUCAAUUGCAGCAAUAGCACCGUAAGCUCAGAUGCCGUUCGAGAUGUCAAGGCCGAGAUACUGGCGAACUGGCUCCAUACCAAACAAGAGGAGCGAGUAUGGACGUUUGGCGACGCUGGCGAAGGCGUGUUUAUGAAAAAAUCGAAAGGCAGCUACUCCUGUGCGCCUUUUGCGCUGCAAAGCGAUGGCACAGGUCUUUAUGAGGCAGUCACAGAAUUGAAUGUCAGGUGUGCCAUGACUGUCAACACCAGGGUAAUCAAAUACAUCCUUGAGCGGACCCAGGCCCAAUAUGUUCAAAUCCAAACCGGUCUCCGAUUGCAGGUCGUGCCCGACUUUGAAGCUUUGCCGUACUGUCAAAGAGGUCAGUCGGCUGCAUUUGUUGCUUCACGAGGCAUAUUGAUAGUGUGGCAAGACGACCCAAAGUUGACGCUCGAACGUGCAGAAUUCAUCAUCAACUGCUUGAUGAGGAUGAUGUGCGGCGCUGAGUAUGGCUAUGAUGCGCAGGACUUGGAGUCGGAAAAGGCACUAGGCAAGAACCCCAUGGUUAUAAUCGAGGAAUAUGACGACGGAUUCUAUUCGGGUGACGGCCAAGAAGUUGAACCAAGAGACAUGAAGAUGUGGCAAGCAGCCUAUUGCGGACUGUCAAUCCUUCUACUGACGGCUGCUAUCGGCUCUGGAUGCAGGCAGAUUGCUAUUGAAGAGUUCCAAGCUCCCAAACACUGGCUUCGACUCCUCUUCCUGAUCUGUAUACCUGCCCAGGUUUGGCUCUCACUAUUCUUCUUCCAAGCUCUCGUCGGCAAUCUUGCUCAGAUUUGUGGGCCCACUCACCAGAUGAAAUCGAACAGCCGAUAUUAUUCAGGCAAAGCGCCCAGGAAAAUUAACCGUGAUACUUUUGGCAAGCCGCUCCCACACGUUACAGUGCAAAUGCCUGUAUACAAGGAGGGUCUACACACUGUCAUUGAGCCCACAGUGAGAUCGCUGAAGCAAGCAAUUUCCACGUACGAGUUGCAGGGAGGAAGUGCUAACAUAUUCGUGAACGAUGAUGGAAUGCAACUUCUCGGAGCCGAAGAGGCGCAAGAACGACAGGAGUUCUACGACGAGCACGGCAUUGGCUGGGUCGCCCGCCCAAGGCACGAUCCUAAAGGUGAGCACGGAGCUAAACCCUUCGUCCGACCUGGAAAGUUCAAGAAGGCAUCCAACAUGAACUAUGCCCUCCGUAUCAGCUGCAGAGUCGAAGACCUCAUGGCACAACAGCCACGCGGAGAAGGCUGGAGUCAGCUUGAAGAAAAUGCUCUUUACAAGGAGGUUAUGAAAGCAGUUAUGACUGAACAUGAAGGCGAGGCCUGGACCGAUGGCAACAUUCGUAUUGGUGACUACAUCCUUUUAGUGGACUCCGACACCCGUGUACCCAGUGACUGCCUGCUCGAAGCCGUCAGCGAGAUGGAGCAGGGCCAGGAAGUUGCCAUACUGCAAUACUCCUCCGGAGUCAUGAACGUCACCAACAACUUUUUCGAGAAUGGCAUCACCUUCUUCACCAACAUGAUCUACACUAUGAUCAAAUUUGCCGUCGCUGGCGGAGAUGUUGCGCCAUUUGUUGGACACAACGCUGUUCUGAGAUGGGAAGCGGUGCAGAAGAUCGCCUACGAAGUCACGGAAGCCAACGGUAACAAGUACGACAAGUUCUGGUCCGAGGAGACGGUGUCUGAAGAUUUUGACAUGAGUCUGCGGCUUCAGAGUGUGGGUUAUGUUAUUCGUCUAGCCUCAUACAAAGGCGAUGGCUUUAAGGAGGGUGUCUCCCUCACUGUGUAUGAUGAGCUUGCUCGAUGGGAGAAAUACGCGUACGGCUGCAACGAACUCAUUUUCAACCCUUUGGUCUACUGGCUCACCAAAGGUCCUUUUACGAAGCUCUUCCGCACUUUUAUCUUCUCCAACAUGCCUCUUGCAUCCAAGAUUACCAUCAUGGCUUAUAUCGUAUACUUCGCCAUUGUGAUCGUCUUCACUGUCCUCGGCAACAUCGCCCUCGCCGUCCUUCGUCAUCGCAUCGAGGAAGAACACAUUUUCCGUGGCCUCUGGACAAAUAUGAAGUGGAUCCCUCUCCUCACCAUCUUUCUCGGCGGCAUCUCCCUGCACGUUUCGCAGGCUCUCCUCGCUCACUUCUUCAGCUGGCCGCUCGAAUGGGGUUCCACGUCCAAGGAGAGUGAACGCGUUAGUUUCUUUGUUGCCAUCAGCAGAGUACUGAGGAAGUUCAAGUGGAGCUUCAUGUUCUGUCUUGGAAUGACCGCUACUAUGAUCACUAUGGCGUUCGCGCUGCAAGAGGACUGGAGGAUCAAAGAACUUAUCGCUGUUUGGCCUAUGGGUACUGUGGUUGUUUUCCACUUUUUACUGCCUAUUGUGCUUAACCCGCAGUUGAUGACAUUUACCUGGUAA